CUUUCUUUCUGAACAAUUUUCAAACAAGUGCAAGGCUCAGAUAGGAGUGCUUGGAUUAAAACAGUUGUUCUGCUCUUGGAGUUCUGUGGAAGUGGACAUACAAACUGGGAUAUAUUUCAGGAAGCUUCAGGAAUUCUACAUCUAUGGGAGAAGAUACUUUAAAGGACUGAAGAGCUGAGACAUAGGAGGGCAGAGGUGUGCUGCAUGGGGGCCAAAGCCAGGCCUUAUGGCAGGAGGCGCCCAGAUCUCGCUGAGCUAUAAUUACAUCCUGUAGGAGCCUCUGAGGUGAAACAGUUCACACGGAGACACUGAAAGAUCGUGUGCCCAUGAGGUCAUCCAUGCUGGUCCUGUUUCUCAUCUUCAGUGCCCAGGCUGUGGCCCCCAUCAUAGGGGUCUUGUGCAGCGUCACAACAGCACAACAGGACCACCCCACCUCCAUCCCCACUGUGGACCCCAAGCUCUUCAAUAAGCGCCGCCACCUCUCACCCAGGGUGCUUUUCAGCUCACAGCCCCCCGAUGCGGAGCCAGCAGGGGGACAGGGUGUCAGCAGGAGGACUCGAAGGCAGCCUCAGCACCGGGGGGUGUACUCGGUGUGUGAGAGUGUUAGUGUCUGGGUGGGCAACAAAACCAAAGCCACAGACAUCUCAGGCAAAGAGGUGACAGUGCUCCCAUAUGUGAACAUAAACAAUGUUAAGAAGAAACAGUAUUUCUUUGAGACGACGUGUCACAGCCCUCCAUCUGGAGGCUCAAGAUGUUUAGGAAUUGACGCAAGGCACUGGAACUCCCACUGCACCAACUCGCACACUUUCGUCCGAGCGCUCACUUCAUCCGAGAACCAGGUGGCUUGGAGGCUCAUUCGGAUCAACGUGGCGUGUGUGUGCGUGCUCAGCCGCAAAUCGUGGCAGCAUUGAAGACUCACCCAUAGACUGGCACACAGAACACAAUAUAGACAGACACAAUAAAAUGCAGACCGGUGUGUUUCUGCAUAUAACUUAUCACCAAGGACUUCUCACCCUCUGCACAAAGUAAAUUAUUCUUGUAUGUGUCAAAAUAUCAGGACUGCAUGUAUACACACCAGACCUGGGUCAAAGAGUAUCUGCAAGUUUUAGCCAUUGAAGUAUUAACAUGAUUGUGAAGGUGUUUUAAUCAUCUCUUGUUUUUAUAAAAGAGGCCGUUUGGUAAGGUAUGUGUGUUCUUUUGCAACUAUUAAAGCAAUAGACUUUAUAGUUGGAAAUUAGAAAUGUUCUCCUAGUAAAAAUCAUUACCUGUACUGUUUAAAAGAGCUUGAAGAAAACUUGGUCAAUCUGCUACGAUGUAUUGUAUAAAUUGAUUCCAGCCAUUUAAGGUCACAUUAAAAUUAGAGUUAUAUUAUUGUGUGAUGGAAUUAGUCAGUAAAGUAGAGUCGUGUGAAAGAAAUUAGUUUCCUCAUUACAGAUUCCUUAUGUUUCUAUCUUUUGUUACACUUACAUGUUUAGGACCAUCAAUCUGGUCCUAUGUGAAAAUAAUAUUUCUUCUUAUUAAAUUAUCAAUCCCUGGGAUUAACAACUUUUUAAAUUCAGCUUUUCUCAUUCCACCAAGGCUUAAUUACUCACUAACCUGCUCAGUAAAGAAAUCACUUAAACAGAACCUGUCAGAGGACAGAUUGAAAGAUUUCCAAAGUCAUUUUUGAUUUAAAGAAAAUUAAAAACAGAUGUUCUUGAUGAUGCCCAAAAUUUGGGGGGAUUUUUUUUUUUUGAACUGAAGAGACAAAAGUGGAACUUUUCAGGAAGUAUGCAUCCGUUUACAUUUGGCGCAAAACUAAUACAGCAUUUCCACAAAGAAACAUGGUGGAGGAAGUGUGAUGGUCUAGAACAUCCUUGUUUCUUCAAUAACUUGUUGACUAACAAACUGAUGGCACCAUGAAUUCAUCUUUUUACCAGAAAGUCGGCCAUCUGUUGGGACGAUGAGCUGAAGUGUCUGCCACUCAAUAGCUGUAAAAACAAAACAAAGAUUUAGGAGUUGGAUCAUUUGUUUGAUAGUUUUCUACAUUUAAAUGUGACAUAAAAGCACAAACGGAAGAAAAGAUAAAGAUUUUUUCACAUCACCCCAUUUAUGCAAGUCAUACUGGCUCUUUACCUUGCUUAUUUUGUAAAUCCAGAAUAGUAUGACAGUCUACAAAUGGUGGAAUAAUCAAUUGUAUUUGUCUUAUUCAUUUUCCAUCAACUUUAAAGAUAUUUUGAUGGUCAUGAAAAUUGAAGAAAAUUUUUUUGGCCUUAAGAUAAGAAAACAAUAUUGGAAUCCAACCAGUCUUAAACUAAGCAGUGAUGGAGGGUUAUAGCAUUCAAAGACAAUUGACCACAACCCACAAGACAGAACAAUUUUAUGUCUUUCAUAGUGCAUGUUUUUUUUUUCUCUACUGAAGGAGCUGAAUAAUUGUCACGUUUGGAAAGAGAAGUGAACCGUAUUCAGUUGGUUGCAGUCUAGCACUUUACCACAAGAUAUCAAUAAGCCAAAGUAAAUAUAAUGCAGUUUGAAAAUGAUAUAUAUGUAGAAUCUCUUGCUAGUUUAAACUAUACUUUAAGAGUUUUUCAUUCUCCCAAUUCCAAAAUAUCACUUUUAUAAAAACAGCCUUAGUUUAACAGAAACUUUAGUCUUUCUUAUUGAAAUAGAGUAUUUACUGCUCAUAAAGGAAUUAUGAGGUACUAUUAAAUGCACAGACUAUCCAGUAGCAUUUUCACUGAAUUCAGCUUUCUCCUUACAUUUUGUAUGAUGUAGAGCCUAAUCAAACCACAAAACUACAAUAAAAUUAGCCCCAAACCUGCAGACAGCACGUUUGCCCUGGUUCAACGUGCAAUUUAAGGGGCUAUUUUUAUGACCAUGAACAACAUUUUAUAUUGGAAAAAGAAUUAUGAUGUACUAAAUUCUAGAUUUGGACAAGGAAGCGGGCUUGUGGACCAAACCACAGCUGCACUGUAAGCCACAGCUUCUGAAAACACAGCAUUUCGGUUUACAAGUCUAUUUGACUGUAGCUUUUACAAAGCAGAGGCUAAAAUCUGUGUUGUUAAUAGCAGCUGAGUCAGUCACAGUAAAAGGCCCAUAAAAGUUUUGGCACAGCAACACAGUCAAAUUUCUUGUAAUCAUUUUUGUCUCACUGUUCGCCGUCUUAAAGAAAACCCGUCUAGCUGAGAAAGACUAAUAAAACCAUUCCGCAGAUACAAUUUAACCCAGGUCUGUAAUAAGCAAUAUGUUCAUUUUUUUAAAUAAUAAAUAAUUAUGUUUAUGUUGUU